AUGAAUGUACUGAGGAUUGAACCCGAGACCUUCGAUAAGGCAUGUAGAAAGUUAUCUUUGUUUGAACUCAUCCAUACAGUAUGUAAAGUGUCCUCGACUGAAGGUGGUAUCGAUGAUAGUACGGAUCUUGCUCAACUGGCCGACCACUUCAAUAAAGCAGAGGAACUGAUAGACUCUCUUAUCACAGCUGGGGUUUAUAUAGAUGAGGAUAAGGUGAAGGAAGUAUUGGCUAAUGCCGAGAAGGAAAUACUUAAAGUAACUGAUCCAUGGCUCUAUGAUGAUCGGGAGGAAGAUUGUCCAUGA